CUUAUUUUGAAGGCAAAUAAGCAGUGUUCCGGUUAAGAGGCGGUAACAAUAACAACAACAGCAUCUACUGUACUGUUACUGUACUGACAGACUGCUGCUGCGGCUCUACUGGACGUCUCUACUCUACUAACCUUAGAUAAACAACGAAGACAAGUACUACCAAAGCAUAGCAGGUGUGGAGAUGAUGAUGGAGGAGACUGAGCAGCAGCCAGAUGCCCAGCAGGCAGACCUCAGUUUGAGGAAGGGAAACUACGAGGCAGACAGCUUCAGGCUGCACAUGGUGACGUGGAACGUGGCCACGGCUGAUCCUCCAGAUGACCUGACCUUGCUUCUCCAGCUGAACUCCCCAAAGAGCCCAGACCUCUACGUCAUCGGUUUGCAGGAGGUGUACUCGGGGCCAUUGAGGUUUGUGUCAGACACUGUGUUUGAUGACCCGUGGAGUCAUUUGUUUAUGACCACCUUGGCACCACGGAAAUACGUUAAGGUGUCAUCCAUCAGAAUGCAGGGCCUGCUGCUGCUCUUCUUUUCCAAACUGGAGCACGUCCCCUUCAUCAGAGACAUCCAGGCCACAUACACACGCACAGGCAUUUUCGGUUACUGGGGUAACAAAGGCGGCGUGUCCGUUCGCCUGUCCUUCUAUGGCCACAUGCUCUGUUUCCUCAACUGUCACUUGGCUGCACAUAUGAAAUACGCCACAGAGAGAGUGGAUGAGUUUGAGUACAUCAUGGACAGGCAGACCUUCGACUGUAAAAAGGCUCCGAGAAUUGUUGACCACCGGCUGGUGUUCUGGUUUGGAGAUCUCAACUUCCGAAUUCAUGACCACGGCAUGCACUUUGUCCGCACCUGUAUCAACGAUCAAACCUACAACCUGCUGUGGAGCAAUGACCAGUUGACCAUGAUGAAGAAGAAAGAACAGAUGCUCCAGGAGUUUGAGGAAGGGCCUCUGGACUUUCAACCCACGUACAAGUUUGACUUAAACUCCGAUACAUACGACAGCAGACUCUACAGGACAUGGUUUGGCUUUAACGGAAAGAAGCGUAAGCCCGCGUGGACCGACAGGAUUCUGUGGCGUCUCCGACCCAACGCCCCGCCCCCUGACGAGCGAGACGACAACAGGGUUGGACUGGAUGCGAAGAAUGUCGGGCAUGUGGAAGAGGAUGAGGAGUACCCGCUGAAGAUCAGGCAGGACUUGUACACCAGCAACAUGGAGUACGUCAUCAGUGACCACAAGCCUGUCGUCAGCGUCUUCACACUGGAGCUGAGGAAGAUGUACGAGACUCCUCUGGUGCUUCUGCAGGCAGAGGGCGACUGGAGCGCAGACAUCGACGCCAUGGUUCUCUACAGCCCUCUGCAGCCGUUCCCCUCCAGUACAUGGGACUGGAUCGGACUCUUUAAGGUUGGAUUCGCCAGCGUGUCGGACUACAUCACCUACACGUGGGUCAAAGACGACGAAGUGGCCUUCAAUGAAGAAUUCAUACAGGUAUAUGUUAGUAAAGAGGAAAUCCCUGUGCGGGGAGGAGAGUGUGUGCUGUGCUACUACAGUCAUACUCUGCAGUGCAUCAUUGGAAUCAGUGAACCAUUCAAGGUACAUGAGUCCAAGGUAGCCAGCGAGGAAGGCUUGAUGCCCGAGAGGAUCAACGGACUUGACAAAACCAUAGCGGGUGAAGACUUAUUGAACUGACCUCUCAGUGUGGUAUGAUAUAUAAAAAUGUGUCUGAACCUCAA